GGGAGCGGGAGCGCUGAGGUGUCGACCGGCAGGGCAGUGGCCCGGGGGCGGGGGCGCUGGUCAUGUUUCCCUUCGGGCCGGGUAGCCCCGGAGGGGACGAGGCGGCCGGGGCCAGGGCUGAGGAGCCGGCACCGCACGGGAGGCAGGGGGCAGCCGCGGGCCCGCUCCCUUCCCCUCCCGCGCCCCCUCAGCCGGGGGCUGACGCAGCCCCUCCCCCAUCGCCCUGCGGGAGCCCUCCCCGCCCGUGCGCCCCCUCGGUGCUCCCAGCCGGGCGCGCUGGGGAGCUCCGGCAGCCCGGAGCUCUAGAGUCCUCAGCCGCUUCCGCCCUGGGAGAGCCGUCACCGCCCUCCCCGCCCCGCCGGCGACCCGGGCCAGACUGCCGGGCUGGACGCCGGUACAGCCUCAGCGCCGUCCUGGGGGUUCCUGGCGCCCGGCUGUUCGGGUGGCUGAGAGAGCGCAGCCUGGGCCGCGGGCUGUUCGUGGACCCGGCGCGGGACAAUUUCCGCACCAUGACUAACCUCUAUGGUUCCAUCCAUCCCGCGGACUCGGUAUACCUCAGCACCCGCACCCACGGGGCGGUCUUCAAUCUCGAGUACUCGCCCGACGGGUCAGUGCUGACAGUUGCUUGUGAACAGACUGAAGUUCUGCUUUUUGAUCCUAUAUCUUCAAAGCACAUAAAAACACUUUCCGAAGCUCAUGAAGACUGUGUAAAUAACAUAAGAUUUCUUGAUAACCGGCUGUUUGCUACCUGCUCUGAUGACACUACAAUAGCAUUAUGGGAUCUGAGAAAGCUGAACACCAAAGUAUGCACUUUACAUGGUCACACUAGCUGGGUGAAGAACAUCGAAUAUGAUACUAAUACAAGACUCUUAGUAACAUCAGGAUUUGAUGGAAAUGUCAUUAUUUGGGACACCAACAGGUGUACAGAAGAUGGGUGUCCACAUAAGAAAUUCUUUCACACACGUUUUCUUAUGCGAAUGAGACUAACACCAGAUUGUUCCAAAAUGUUGAUCUCAACGUCCUCUGGAUAUCUCUUGAUUUUGCAUGAUCUUGACUUAACCAAGUCUUUAGAGGUAGGCAGUUACCCCAUUUUGAGAGCAAGAAGAACUACAUCAAGUUCAGAUCUUACCACUUCGUCAAGUUCAUCUGGUCCUAGAGUUUCGGGUUCACCUUGUCAUCAUAGUGAUUCUAAUUCCUCUUCUGAGAAACACAUGUCACGAGCCUCACAGAGAGAAGGAGUUUCACCAAGAAAUAGUCUUGAAGUGUUAACCCCUGAAGUUCCUGGUGAGAGAGACCGUGGAAAUUGUAUCACAUCCUUACAGUUGCACCCAAAAGGCUGGGCCACUCUUCUUCGGUGCUCAAGCAACACGGAUGAUCAGGAGUGGACUUGUGUCUAUGAAUUCCAAGAAGGAGCUCCUGUGCGACCCGUCUCACCUCGUUGUUCUCUACGACUGACUCAUUACAUUGAGGAAGCCAAUGUAGGCAGGGGUUAUAUCAAAGAACUUUGCUUCAGCCCUGACGGGCGAAUGAUUUCUUCCCCACACGGCUACGGGAUUCGCUUGUUAGGAUUUGACAAACAGUGCAGUGAACUGAUUGACUGUUUGCCCAAAGAAGCCAGUCCCCUGCGGGUGAUCCGUUCUUUGUACUCUCAUAAUGAUGUGGUACUGACGACAAAGUUCUCUCCAACACAUUGCCAGAUCGCCUCCGGGUGCCUUAGUGGACGGGUUUCUCUGUAUCAGCCAAAGUUUUAGGCACAGCUUACAUCAACUAAGGAACUUUUCUGGUGUUUGACUUAUGUAUUACUUCAAUUUAGGUGAAGUAUUUUCUUUUUAGAAGAUCUUAAAAGUUUUGGUCAAGAUCCUGGUUCUUACGGGUCCACAAACACACCUGUGACCUGAGUACUUGGUUGUCCAGCAUCAUGCGGGCAUCGCCAAAUUAGACUCGAGGCAGCACCAUCUUUUGCAGCAUUCCUCUGCUCCUGCUGAUCUGUGCCACUGAACUCCAGUUCUCCUGGUUAUUUUGCAUGGUAGCUCUUGUCAAUUUUCUUUCAAUUCUGUUUUGUUUUUUGAUUUUGGUGUGAAUUUUGUGGACAUUUGGCAGGAGUUUUGGCUGGAUUAGGAGAAACUCAUAACACUAGUAUUGAAUAAAACCCAGAAGUUUGAUAUUGGCAUACUAGUUGUUGAAAAGAAAUUUCACCUUCACUUGCCAGUAUACUUGGCCUGUUAAAGUUGCUAUUACAUUUCUCUGUAAUGAGCACAGAUAAUGGCAUUAUUCUUAUAACUCUUACAGUCUUGCAGCAAAAUGUCUUUUAAGCUUCCUGUUAAAAUUAUAUGUAUUUUUUCACCAUGAGAGAGAUUUUGUUGUGAGAUUCUAAGGAAAAAAAAAAUUAUCAACUCCCUUUGUAAUUUACUUGUAUGAAUUUUUAAAUUUCUAGCAUGUGUCUAGCAGGUAUUUUGUUCCUGUCAACAGCAUUAGAAAGGAAAAGAGGAGAAGGAAUGGGCUUUGGUCAUUUCUAUUGUAGAGAAGAGGAUUUAUUUAUGAGAUGAGUACACUAUAUGACUACAGAGUGUUGAGAACGCUGUGGCUUAGAUUUUCUCUUUCCUCCGCCAGAUCAUUUGAAUCACACAAAUGAUGGCUCGGGGAGAAUUGUGAGUAAAGAGGUUGUGUUUUUCUUAUCUUCCUUUCUUGAGCUCUGCUCUUACCACUAAUGAGGGGAAAACUGCAGUUGUCUUCAAGCUGUUGUCAUAACUAUGGCGGUCAGUGACUUGGGUGUCAAGACCAAGACCAUCUGUUGUGUUUUGUUAUGGAACACAGCAAGUCAAAAGCACCAGGCAGGGGUCAAGCACAAAGCUGACUGCUCUGCUGAAGUAAGCAGCUUUUUUCUAGUCUCUUCCCCUUUGAAUGGUAUUGUCCUCAGAAGAGAUUUACCAGCAGCUGGAGUAGUUCAAGCCACAUGCUAGCUUUUUCCCUCUUGGAUCACAUUCUCUUAGGCCAGUGGUUCUCAAACAUUAGGGUGCAUUAUAAUCAUUGAGGAGCUUGUGAAAAAUACAGAAACCUAACCCUCACCUUAGGAGGUUCUUACUCAGCCAGAGAGGACAGGAAUCUGUAUUUUUACAGGAACCCCAAGAAAUCUUUAUUCAGGUGGUUCCUGGAUCACAGCUUGAAACAUCCUACCUUAAACAUCAGUAAAUACUUCUUUACCCAUUAGGUGCUUAUUAAUGUAACUCCCAGAAGGUAUUUUGAUUAUUUAAAAAAUGAGCAAAUGAAAGCAAUUUUAGAGGUAGAAAUUAACUUAAAAUGGACUAAACUUCAUAUUUGAUGAAUUAGAAGUUAAAUGACUUUACCUAAGGUCAUCCUGCAAAAUUAGAGGCAGAGCCAGGACUUGAAUUCAAGUCUCUUAAUUACUUGCUCAGGGCAAUUUCUACUGUAUUGUGCAGGGUGUUAAAACAAUGAUUUAUGAACAGUUUAUUUUGUCUUUAGGUUGUAUUAUUGUGAAUACCCUUAUACUAGCCAAUAGAUUGAAAAAGGAAGGCAUGGGGGUAUCAAUGCUGAGAAUUCCAGCCAUAAGAACAUAGUUUAAAUCUUAUAAAAAUAUUUAAGCAACCCAAAUACAUGAAUAAAAAUGACAUUUUUUAUAGGACUUGCCAGACAGCCAUUCACACAUGUAUAUACAUCUCACUUUGAUAAUGCUGGCUCUAGGACAGAUUUAAAAAAUUAGAUCAUCUUACAAUGGAUGUUAAAGAAAAACUGGAAAUUUUUUAGUCAUCAAAAAAAUUACCACAGUGAAAACACACAGGUUUGCUGUGAACGUCUAAGAAAAAAACACCUAUUAUAAAGAAAAAGUUUUUGAGACAAACACAACGUUGACAUUGAAAAUAAGCUAUUAAGUACAAUGGUAGUAUUGAUAAUCAAAAGAAGGUUCCAUACAUACAUCUCCUUUGGAGAGAUCCAUGUCAGAUGCUGGACCCAAAGGUUGCCUAACUCUAAAUUUCACUCCAUGAUUCUUUAACCACUAUAGAUAGAAUGCCUAUCAUGUGUCAAAUAAUUUACUACUUAAUCCUCACAAAAACUACAAGGUAAGUGGCAUGGGCACCAGUUUACUUUAGAGGAAAUGGAGGAUCAAAAAGGUUAAGUGAUUUAAGCCACAGAGCUGGCAUGGGGUGGCAGCAUUGGGCUUUAGAACCAGGUCUGUUUGAGUGCCAAGCCUAUGCUUGCUACUCCACCAUUUUGCCCUUUAGUUUGUAAAGGCUGGCAAACUGGCCUGUUAAUUUAUCUGUUUAACAUCCUCUGGAGGUGCUUUAUGACAGAGCUGGCUUAUCUUCCCCACUGUAUAAAGGAACAUUUACAAGAUUGACAAUUUCUCUUAGAAUUAAUGCCAUAAACUGCAGGGCAUACAGACAGUCCACUCCUAACUAAAAAUCCUCAAGCAGGAUAAAUAGUCUCAUAUGAAAACAGCAAAUUCACAUCCAGCAAACUCAACAAAACCUUUGUCCUCUUUGAGUUUUGGUCUUGAGCAAAAAGUCCGGGGAUAUCGAUCAAGGAAUUCAAGGGCAUCAGGAAUGUUAUAUACUAUUGGAGGAAAUGACAUUUAAAAUUUCAAAAUCCCAUUUCACUUAAAGUACAAAAUCUAAUCUGGUGUGUUUAACUUUUAGUCAUUUUUAUUCAUGAUAAUUGAUAAAUGUAUUAUAAUUGAUAAUUGUUGGUAAGUAUAGUACAAAGUAUACUUCUAUCUUAAAAAUCUUUCUGCACAAUAGUAUAGUUACGGCAAAGCUAUGUUGAAUGAGUUUAGGAACCUCAAAUAUACAAUAGUGCCCUAUUUUCAAUUGUGAAAAUGAAGUGGCUGAUGCAGAAGAGACCUCUAUUUUAAUCUUUUGCAAUUGGGUGUGGUCUUCUUUUCUCAAGCCUAAAGAACAUGUAUGUUUUGUUAUUUCUCCUUGUUACAUCCCUGAGAAGAGGCUCUACCAAAAAUCUUAAAGAACAGACACAGAAAGGUCAAUCACAUGUUCCCCACUCGUAGGUCUAGACCCAGGAUCAUAUUCUGUCACUGUUAAGGCUUUUUCCUUAGAAAGUGCAAUAUAGGAAAACACUUUGAGAAUCUUUUUGAAGCCUGGUGUUCCCCAUUAUUAUUAGAAUCUAUGGUAUUGCCAUCCAUAAGUAUCUGUUAAGCUUGUGUUUAGUAAGAGAAAUAGUGUGAUAACUUACUGCGGACAAUCAUCCACAUAAUGACCAGCUGACCCUGAGCGCUAUGAAAAUUCACUCAGUGACACUCUGUGUUGGUCAUGAGAGAAAACAUAUAUAUUAAUUUUGGGAUAAUUAAUGCAUAUCUCAAGUGCCAAAAUAUAAAACUUGUAAUUAUUUUUGAUGCAAAUCUUUCAGAUAUGUUAGUAUACCUACCUGCCUUCUUAAACAGCAUGCUCAGUACAAUUUGUUUCUUCAUGUUGAAAAGUAAAAGUUAUAUCCAUUGUGUUGUUACCAAUAUCCAGUGAGCUCUGAUGUAUGUAAAAUACUUCACAAAAUGUAAAGGGCUAUAACAAAUAUGAGUUAAGAUCAAUUAUUAUAAAGUGAUUCCCUCAGCCCUGAGGUGUAUAUAUAUUUGCCUCAGAUUCCUGGUGUGGUUUUUUUCUUUCUAAUUUAAAAAAAUUUGUAUCUGCUAAGCAGUUUGUUUUGCUUGAGUGGUCUCCUACCACACUAUCAAUAUGCCUGUCUCUCACAGGCUCCCUACUUCCUUCUAAUGUGCCGUUUUCAUCUGUUAGGAGCUGGGACAUGAGAUAGCAAGUCUGCUUAGUGUCUUAGGACGUGUCUGAGCUCUGGGAGCCAUCUAUGAGACAGCUCUCUUCAUUGCUCACCACUUUCCUGACAGGUUCACAAUAAUUCUAUAGAUAAUAGAAGUUCUCAGUUAAAGCCCAAGUUAGUGAUUAUCUCAGUUGCCACUAAGUAAAAUAGUACAAGCUAAGGAUGCUGCUAGAUUAAGGAAGAGCAAUGCACCAAAGUACAGGGAAGCAAAAACAGACUGUAUUUGCACAAGGGUCUUUCGUGCUUUUAAGAAAAAAGAAGAGUGCAGAGGGAAAAGGACAAUGAAAAUCCAGAUAGACUUAAGGGUAUCUAUCUUUGAUGCCAUUAAACUUUGUCAAUAACCAUAAAAAUAUACACUUAAAUUAUCACACAUGAUACAAAGACACAGUUUAGUCUUAGUACAGAAUAAGAUAUUACUUAAAUUUAUAAACAUAAUUCUUAAGAAUUUCUCCCAUUCAAAUUAUAAUGGAAAUUAUUAUCAAAAGGAAAGUCUCAAAUUUACCUGUAUGCUGCUUUUUUAGCUAUAAUGAAUUAGUGAUAGAAAAAUGGGUUUUAGCAAAAGCUCCAGGGAGUAAAUCUCAAAUGCAUACAUCUCCUCUAUUAUAUAUAAAUGUCACUAUAAAUGAAAAUGCCAGAGAUAAUUUUUAAAAUUUAAAUCUGGUCCAAAGUAUUUAAAAUAGACUUUUCAGCUUUCCUAAGUUUUUUCAUUUAGAAUUCAUGGUUUUUACAUUACUGGUUGAAUAUGUGAAUUUUCUUGUAAAAUGCACUGCAUCUUCCAUUUCCAAACCCUGCUUUCUGAUCAAUUUUAGAUUCACAUUUUCAGGAAAUUUGGAGUGUUUCAGAAAAAAAUACUAGACACCACAAAGUUUUCUCACCAGAUUCUGAGGUGCUGUAUAUUCUUAUUAUGCUAGACUGUAAGCCCCUUGAGGGCAGGAACUGUCUUAUUUAUUCUAUUCCCAGUGCCCAGCAGGAUCAAUAAAUUUUUCUUGAAUGAA